CCUCUGCCUUCAUCUCAAGUAAAUAGACAAGUCUUUCCCUUCCAUUUCUCUUCGUUCUCGAAAACUUAUUCGAGAUUUAAGCCCUAAUAUCGAGGUUUCAGGAGCAAGGAGAAGAUGUCUGGGCGAGGGAAGGGGGGGAAGGGACUGGGGAAGGGUGGAGCGAAGCGUCAUCGCAAGGUGCUGCGUGAUAACAUUCAGGGCAUCACCAAACCGGCUAUACGGCGCCUGGCAAGGCGAGGCGGCGUCAAGCGCAUCAGUGGCCUUAUCUACGAGGAGACCCGAGGCGUGCUCAAGAUCUUCCUCGAGAACGUCAUCCGUGAUGCCGUCACCUACACCGAGCACGCCCGCCGCAAGACUGUCACUGCCAUGGACGUCGUCUAUGCGCUGAAGAGGCAGGGCCGCACUCUCUAUGGCUUUGGUGGUUAGGGUUCACGCUUUCUUAGGCCGCUGUUACAAAGAGAAAAAGGGCAACAAAAGAAGGAUUAAUAUUAAAAAGAGAAUCAUGCGGCUUAUAGUUCGUUGUUGCUACAAGUUCUGAGAUGUUGCUCUUGUCAUUUAGCAGUUUUGUUUAGUGAAGCUUUUUGUCACGCAUAUUAAGGUAUUUAUAUUCGAUCAUGUGUGAUUUAGGCCAAUGAGGAGUUUUGUGUCUGUUAAUGUUAUUAUUUGUUGGGGUUCUGCUGUUGGCACUGAUGUUUCAUGGUGAUGAGAAGCCUGUGAAAGUUAUUGCUUAUGAUCAUGAAGGGUGAUAAAAGAUGCUAGAAAUGGGAAAAUUUAGGAAUUAGGAAUCAUGAUUAAUGGAACUUAGUUGUUAUGGAAAGGUUUGAGCGCUGGCUAAAGUCUGAGUAGCACAUUGAUAGGUCACUUGCAUUGUUCUUUUUGUUUGUUUCCUCUACCAAGUAGUUUUGUUUGUCAUUGAUUACAGAUAUGUUAUUGUUUUCAGUUCUUUCCUCAAGUUCAUGGACCUUGCUCAUCAAAUUAAAGAUUGAAAUUGUGUUUAUCUGACAUUUAUGAAAACUUAUUUGAUAGGAAGCUGCAUUCUCUUUGUUGGAGCAAUUUUCUCUCAGGUUUUUGGGCUAUGAAGUUUGUAGAUGAUGGUUUGUGGAUAGACGUUCUCGUUAGGUGUUGAAUUUUUUACUUGAGGUGAAUGCCAACUGAUUCUGAAAUAUCAAUAAUGGAGCAGUUCAAAUUGGAAUUUUUUGCAUAUUGAAGUUUGCUGUGUAGAUGCACCCAGAUGGAUAGCUGGGAAGGUCUUACUUCUGUUAGUUGCUGAUAUAUAUACCAAAGAUAUGGCCACAUGAUUAUGAAAAGUAGAGAUCAUCAGUUUCACAGGAUAGUUUGACUUUUUCUUCAAACGUCAACGCUGUGGUUCAGACGAGGUUCCAUCAUCAUGAAAAGCUCAAGAAAAUUAUUUUGACAUGGCUGUUGCAUUCAAGGUCUGUUCUUGGUUUUUUUUUCAGAA